UUUCCGUGGAUUUGUUUUUUCCAGAAAAGCGCCUGGUAUCUUCGGAAGGAGCUGCCAGUCCGCAUUGCGCACAGGAUCAAGAGCAUUCGAAACCUCCCGUUCAUCCUGGGGUGUAACCCCACCAUUUUGCAGGUGCACGAGUUGUACAUUCGCGCCUUCCAGAAGCUCAGCGAGUUCCCUCCGAUCGAGAACAGGGAGAUGGAGGGCCUGUACUGCCAGCUGCUCCAGCAACUUCUCGACGAUCACAAGGACGUGGUCACACUCCUGGCAGAAGGCUUCCGCGAGAGCCGCAGGCACGUCAAGGAUGAGGCUGUGAUUCGCUCCUUUCUGGACAAGACCCUCACCUCAAGGCUGGGCAUGCGGAUGUUGGCAACUCACCACCUCAUGCUCCACGAGGACCGGCCCGAUUUUGUCGGCAUCAUCUGUACCCGUCUGUCGCCGAAGAAGAUCAUCGAGAAGUGGGUGGAUUUUGCCAGACGGCUGUGUGAACACAAGUAUGGAAAUGCCCCCCGGGUGCGUAUCAGCGGGCACGUGGCGGCCCGCUUCCCUUACAUCCCGAUGCCCCUCGACUACAUCCUCCCGGAGCUGCUUAAAAACGCUAUGAGGUCGACCAUGGAGAGCCACCUGGACACACCAUACAAUGUGCCUGAUAUCGUGGUCACCGUUGCCAACAAUGAUGUCGAUUUCAUCAUCCGGAUCUCCGAUCGAGGUGGAGGAAUUCCACACAGGUACCUGGAUAAGGUCAUGGACUACCACUUCAGCACAGCCGAGUGCAGUACUCAGGACCUUCAGGCCAACACCAUCCUGGGCAACAUGGUGGACAUGGUCAACAGUGGACAAUCAAGCCCCAUGCACGGGUUUGGAUUUGGCCUGCCCACCUCGAGAGCCUACGCAGAGUAUCUCAGCGGCUCCCUGGUCAUCCAGUCCCUUCAGGGAAUUGGGACUGAUGUCUACCUGCGCCUCCGGCACAUCGAUGGCAAAGAGGAGGCUUUCCGCAUUUGAUGAGGGAGAGGUUUCUGCACACCAAUUUCACUCCCAAAGCUGUGAAAGAUUUGAGGGUCUUGGAGAAGGGCAAAGGUUUUGGUGGAGGGAGGGAGGGACGAUUGGGCUAAGUGGAAAAUGAAAAUAAAACGAAUGGGGGGUGUAGGGGAGAGAGAGAGAGACCCAGAGAGAGUUGAUAACGCGGCCUCACCCCCACCACACUGCUACCUGGAGGAGGCCGCACUCCUGUUGGCUUCUGACGCAGCCAUUGUCAACCCGUCAGCCAUUUUGUUUUCUCAAAAACUGCCCCUCCAAACCCCACUUUCCCACCGCUGUCCAGUUCACGCCUCGAAUUAGGGACCACAUUGAAACCUGAUGACCGUUGCCCUGUGAUUGUCAGGUGUUUGGGCUGAAGGUGGAGAUGGGGUGAGGAGUGGGGAGCCUUCCAAGGACAGGCGGCCAUUUUAGAAACACUGGGUCUGUUUCUCGCUCCCCCUGCUCCGCUGGUCUCCUUCCCAGGCUUUCAGGCUACCAUAAACUGUGGGUUGGGAGCGCUGUCUAGUGAACGCCAGGGAGGGUGAUGGGGUGAGGAACAGGGGUGCCAUCUUUAAAAAGUUCCGGAAACCAGCAGUUGUGGAGCGAUGGCCAUUUUUUCUUGGCCCACUGAGGCCUAAAAUUCAGGCCAGAGAGAGCAGGAGAUCACUGGCCCUCCUCCGAUAUCUUUGAUUUGCGUCGCUCAUCUCUCUCUAUCUCUCUUUUUCCCACUCUCUCUCUUUCCUCAAACAUUGA